AUGGCAAUGAUGACCAACAACCCCCGGGCUCUCUUCGCUGUUGCGGCGGCGGCGGCGGUGCUAUUCUUCAUGGCUCUAAUGAGCCAACAUCCCGAGCAUAGAGAGAGAGUCACGGCCGUACUCUCAAACACUGCUUCCAAGGCGUGGCCCUUCAGCGGGGAGAAGACGUCCUACGAGAUUGCCAAGGAGGAGGGAACAAGCAAAGUGACAGAACACAGCUACAAGAAUACGCACGACAUGUAUAUCCCCGGCUCUAGGAAGAGGAGGAUACCUCACGCGGGACCUGAUGCUGUGGCGGGUAUUACCAGGAGGGCUGCUGGAACUCACCAGAGACUACGGACAUGUAGCCUCCUGCUAAUCGUGACUGGGAUACUUCCCAACAUGAACGUAUACUACAUGACAUACGAUGUCAAGUUCGCUGGGGAUUGGGCUCACAAGACGACCGGUCAGGACGUGCUGGAGGCCUUCAUCGAUAACCUGCAGCAGCGCUGGAGGGUCGUGAAAUCGGGAGACAUGCACUUCUGCGAGGACCUCCAGACGAGCUUCCAUCCUGAGGCCAGGGGCGGCGGUAGUGGGACGCACAUUCGUAAAAUCAUCGAGGACAUUAUGGAUCCGGAGUGGUCUCGGCAAGCACCUCUUUUUGAGGAUGUGGUGGACAUUAUCCACAUCGACUAG